AUGGGUAAGGUCCACGGUUCCCUCGCUCGUGCCGGUAAGGUCAAGUCGCAGACUCCCAAGCCCCAGGAGAAGAAGAAGACCCCCAAGGGCCGCGCAAAGAAGAGAAUCACGUACACCCGCCGUUUCGUGAACGUCACCAUGACCGGUGGCAAGAGAAAGAUGAACCCCAACCCUACCUCGUAA